ACCGAACUAAUCCCAGCGAGAAAACUGGGAAUACCGAGCUAAUCCCAGCCGGGGAUCUGGGAAUACCGAGCUAAUUCCAGUCAGGGAUCUUGGAAUCACCGAGCUAAUCCCUGCCAGGGAUCUGGGAAUACCGACCUAAUUCCAGCCAGGGGUCUUGGAAUCACCGAGCUAAUCCCUGCCAGGGAUCUGGGCAUACUGAGAAUCUCAGUGAGGAAACUGGGAAUACUGAACUAAUCCCAGCAAGGGAACUGGGAUUACCAAACUAAUUCCUGCCACGGGACUGGGAGCACUGUGCUAAUCCCAGCGAGGGAACCGGGAAUACUGAGUUAAUCCCAGCCGCAGGACUGGUUAGGGUGCCUAAUCCAGGCUAGAAAACUGGGAAGCACGGAAUUAAUCCCAGCCACAGGUCUGGGAGCGUUUUACUAAUCCCAGCUACGGAACUGGGAAAGCUGAGUUCUCUUUUCCCAGCUGCUAAAUCGGUCUUCCUAAUCCUGGAUUCGACUGCAAAGAUUGGCACCACCAAGGAAUAGCGGCAGCCAUUCCAGGAUUUCUGGAGCCGUCUGGUACAGUGGAAUAAAAAGAGGGGGUAGCUGUGUGAGAGUGAAGGGUGUUUCAGAAAUAGGAUUAAAUCCUGGGAAAAAUCAGAGUGUGACGACCAAUUUUUGGCUGUGGACUGGGAAUACUCAACAGGGUCGGUUGGGAAAACCCAACAGCAACAUUCCCAAUUUGCCAUAAACUCCAGCAAGGAAAACAAAAACUCUGGCGAUUUAAGAAUAUUCCGGGAUGAGGACUGAGUUUUAGAUAUUCCCUGGAAUCUUGUAAUCGCUCCGGUUUUGGUUACGCCAGAAAUCGUGCCAGGGCAGGAGAUCGCCGGUGACUUCCCAAACGGAGUCAGGAAACGUUUGUCCCCCUCUCCGGUUGUUCUGCUGACCCAGAGAUGGGAUCGGUGGGAGAGUGAGCGUGCAGCGUGGUCUUUGUUCCCCGCAGAGAGUGUCGGCUUCCUUCCUUAACCCUUCACGCCACCCACCCCACCUCCUGUUUAUGUGCAACCCAUGGAGCCCAAAGUGACCUCGCCGGUAACGGCGGCGGAGAAGGUGGACGGCUUCAGCCGCAAGUCGGUGCGCCGAGCCCGCCAGAGGAGAUCGCACGGGUCUUCCCAGUUCCGGUACCAGAGCAGUCAGGUGGAAUUAACCCCUCUGCCCCUCCUGAAAGAUGCCCCAGUUUCUGAGCUGCACGACCUCUUCUGCAAGAAGCUCCAGCAAUGUUGCAUCGUUUUCGAUUUCAUGGACUGUGUCGCCGACUUGAAAGGCAAAGAAAUCAAGCGGGCUGCCCUCAACGAGCUGGUGGAGUGCAUCGCCACAGGUCGAGGGCUGCUGAUCGAGCCCAUCUACCCAGAGAUCAUGAAAAUGAUCUCCGUCAACAUUUUCCGGACCCUUCCACCGAGCGACAAUCCAGAGUUCGACCCAGAAGAGGAUGAACCAAAUCUUGAAGCUUCCUGGCCCCACCUACAGCUGGUCUACGAGUUCUUCCUGCGGUUCCUGGAGAGCCCAGAUUUCCAGCCAGCGAUCGCUAAACGCUACAUCGACCAGAAAUUCGUCCUCCAGCUGUUGGAGCUGUUCGACAGUGAGGACCCACGGGAGCGGGACUUCCUGAAAACCGUCCUGCAUCGUAUCUAUGGAAAGUUCCUCGGGCUCCGGGCCUUCAUCCGGAAACAGAUCAAUAAUAUAUUUUUAUGGUUAUAUACGAGUCUGGAACACUUCAACGGAGUGGCAGAGCUGCUGGAGAUCCUGGGAAGCAUCAUCAACGGAUUCGCUCUCCCGCUUAAAGCCGAACACAAGCAGUUCCUGCUGCGGGUCCUGAUCCCUCUCCACACCUCGCGGACGCUCUCCCUCUUUCACGCCGCAGGUAAGAGACACGGACUGCAGCAGGGAAUGUGGGACUGCUGUCGGAAACCUGCCUCACCCCUCACUCCCACCCUUCCCCAGGUACAUGGAACACCACAGGAACAGGCCCUUCAGCCCACCAGGUUGUGCCGAACUAAUUAAACUGGGAAUUAAACGCCUAACUAAAC